CUUUCAGUUAACGUUGAACAGUCGAUUAAGUAAGUUUAUAUAAGCGCCGAUAUUGCGGACGGUUUUUGUCGUUAUUGUGUUUAUGAAUAUUAACCGCCCUAUAUAAUGCGACAAAUUUGAAUAAGUAGUUAACUUUAAAAUUGUACAUUAUUUAAUGGUGCACUGUGAAUUGAAUACAACGUUCGUGUCGGGGUCCAUUUAUAAACGGAUAUAGCAAACGAACAGAAAUUAAUGAAAUAAUGGAAAUAUUGCUACGUUUUAUUGGUUUUUGUUUCAAAGUUAUUGGAUUUUUUGUAACUCCAUUGUUGGCAAUUAUAAACUACUUCAAAUAUCGUCCCAUUCGAAUACCGCCCAUCCAAAAUGAACUCUUAAAAACACCAGCUAUUGAUCUGGCAGCAAAAAUUCGAAAUAGAGAGGUAACAUCCGAAGAAGUGGUUUUAGCGUACAUUGCUCGCAUUAAGGAAGUGAAUCCACUAUUAAAUGCCGUUGUUGAAGAUCGCUUCGACGAUGCUAUUCAAGAUGCAAUCAAAGCCGAUAAAAUGGUUGCCACAAUGUCACCGAUACAUCUAAUCAGAGAAUAUCCGAUAUUAGGCGUGCCAUUUACUGUUAAGGAAAGCUGUUCGUUAAAAGGCCUAUCCUACAGUGUUGGCUCAUUACCACGUAAAGACUUAAAAGCGAAUAAAGAUGGUGAAGCCGUCAGUUACUUACGAGCUGCGGGUGGCAUCCCGUUACUGGUUUCGAACACUCCAGAAUUUUGCACUAGCUGGGAAUCGAAUAACUUUAUCACCGGACGAACACUGAAUCCACACGAUUCUCGACGAACACCAGGCGGAUCAUCUGGGGGAGAGGGUGCUCUAAUUGGUGCUGGUGCAUCAUUAUUCGGAAUUGGAUCCGACAUUGCUGGAUCGAUAAGAGUACCUGCACAAUUUAACGGUAUAUUCGGUCAUAAACCGACUGGCGGUGUAGUUUCGGUCGAUGGCCAUUUUCCGAAUUCAUCAGACGAAUGUUUCGGCAAAUAUUUAGUUCUCGGUCCCAUGAGUAGAUAUGCAAAAGAUCUACCGACUUUAGUUCAUAUUAUGAGCGGUAAAAACGCUUCGAAAUUACGAUUGGAUGAGCAGCUAUAUACCAAAGAUAUUAAGAUAUAUUACAUGGAAGAUGCUGGAUUUUCACUUAUGGACAUUGCCGUUGAAGACAGCAUCAAAAUCGCAAUGUGGAAAGCAAUCCAGCACUUCAAAUCAAAUGGAUUGCAAACAGCCCCAGCACCAAUGAAGAGCCUUCAAGAGUCCAUGGAAAUUGGUUUGACAAAACUGUUCGACAUAACCGAUAUUCCAUCAAUAUUGGCUCAUCCGGAUAAUCCACAAAUAGAAGACAAUUUAUUUGUUGAGCUGCUCCGAUCACUGAUCGGCCGAUCGAAAUACACUUUCGCAGCAUUGUUUUUCUGCGUACUGAUGCAAACCAACGGUUUCAUAUCAAAGUCAAAGACUCCGCUUUAUGUGGAAAAAGGGGACGAACUGAAAAAACACUUGAUCUCAUUUCUUGGUGAUAAUGGUGUUAUGUUCUAUCCAACAUAUCCGGUGGCAGCACUGAGGCAUGGCGAUUCAUUCGUUAAGAUUGCUGGUGUAAUGUAUACGAUGAUCUUCAACAUACUUGAAUUUCCAUCGACUCAUGUGCCAUUAGGAAAAGACUCGAAUGGCCAUCCAAUUGGCAUUCAAGUUGUAGCGGCUCCAUAUCAAGAUCGUUUAUGUUUAUGCAUUGCUGGUGAAUUAGAAGCAGCGUUCGGUGGAUGGGUACAGCCAUUUUAAUAAAUGUGCUUCACUUAUUGCGUUUACAAUUCCGGAUGAAAAACAGGGACUGAGGAUCUGACGGCUUUUUUUAUCUUCCAUUCAAUAGUGCCAAUUGAUGUGCUUGUUUAUGUUAUAAAUGUAAAAUCGUUUGAUUUGAAAAUACAAUUUUUGUUAUUCUACUA